CUUUAUUUUCGACGAAUCCUCCGAUAGCUUAAAAAUAGAGACCGACUUCUCUACGUCACAUCCGAAAAUAAUUUUGACGUAAUUGUUCAGAAGAUUCUAGAAUGACGCCUUCAUGUUAAGAACGUUUAAAUAUACAAAAUGCAAGUCAUGCCAUUUCAAACAACUACCGUAUAAAAGCAUUCUGCAAACGAAAGAAAAUUUAGUCUUUCAGAUUAUCUCUAACCUUCAAUACAGUCAAACACAGCAAAUAUAUUCUCAAUUUUGUGACUUGCUCAUAUCUGGCUCAAAACAAGAUUGAUUUCUACCAUUCUAAUCAAAUUGAUUUAAUCAAAAAAAGUAUUCUACGACUGUGAUGUCUUUAACCGUGAAAGCAUUCUUCAAAGAAGAAAUUCGUCGGUUUGCGCUCGACGUUUCCAACGCUACUUCGUUCGCCUAUCUGGAAGGUAAGGUGCGAACUUCGUUCCAGAAUUUGCCCGCAAAGGGAAAACUCUUGCUGAGAUGGAAAGAUAGCGACGGAGAUUUGGUCACCUUCAGUACCGAUGACGAACUUGUCGAAGCUCUGAGCUCUGCCGAGAACGGAGUUUUCCGAGUUCACUUGGCCGAGAAGGAAUCGCCGAGGCAUAACGACAAUGGUUUCGGCGAUGCUUGGCUCUCGGGUGGAAUCCAGGAUGUGCUUGGAUGCCCUCCUCCUCUGCCGCCUCAUCACGGACACGCACCCCCGCCACCUUUGGGACCCCACCCUGGAUUCCCAUUUGGGUCUCACGGCUGUUUCAACGAUGGACCAGCGGUGCAUCAUUUCGUGACGUGCGACCAGUGCAAUGCGUCGCCGAUUGUUGGAACCCGAUACAAGUGCAAGACUUGUCCUGACUACGAUCUCUGCUCAACUUGUAAAGUGAAGGGACUUACCUGUGGCAACGCAGAUCAUCAGUUCAAACAAAUCUCUCAUGUACGCCCAGGCCAGGCUAACUGGGGACCCCGAGGAGGAGGCAGAUGGGGAAGAGGACGCGGCAAGUGCCCGAUGCUUCGAAAAAUGGAUGGAGAGCAAUCAAGCGACGAGGAAGCUGGCAACAGUCCGAAGCACUGCGGUGGACCUCUCGGCAAAGAAGAGCGAGAAAAACUGAUCAAUGUUGUCAACAUUGUCAAGGAGAGCGCCAAAACCCAGGCAUUCGAAGUAGCGGGAGCAGUUGCUGGGGAUUGUGCCGGAGAAGCAGCCGCAGUUGCUGUGCGAAGUUCGAUUCGAAGAGCUCUCAUAGUGCAGCGACGAUCCGGUCUGGGGCCGAAACAAACGAAACAUACGAAACCUAAGAAACAUCACGAUGGGUCAUCUUCGAGCAGCGAUGAAUCUGAUACUGACUACGAAACAGCUCACGUGAUUGACUCCGCGACUGACUCGAAGAAACUGAAGAAGCAAUCCAAAGUGGCGGCCAAAGCUGUGGCAAAACUGGCCGCGAAGGAAGUGACUGAAAGCUUUGGUAAACUGGCUGGCAAGUGGGCGGCCCAAGCUGUCAAGCAGAGUAUGCUUGUUUCGAUCAAGAUGUGCGUGAAAGCUGAGGCAAAGCGUGAAAAGAAGCAGGCCAAGAAAGAUCACAAGCAGUUCAGCGUGACAUUCCACGAGGAUGCGACCUCAAAUGUGGAGCAAAUGGAGGGAGUUUGGAGCGGUGUAAACACCAAUAGUGCGACUUCUGCUGGUGCAGGAGUGAGUGAGCCAUUGAGUGUGACUCUGAACAAUGUUCCGAUCUACCCUAUGGCGCCGCCUGAACAGGUUCCUCUUCACUCUGAACCUCAACAGCCGGUGUUGAGUGCCGAGGAUCAGGCAAUUAUGGAUGCGAUCGCCGCAUUCAAGAACAUGGGAUUCACUCCUGAUGAAAAACUGGUGGACGAGAUCAAAAAAGCGAAGGGAGACAUCACUGUCGUGUUUGACCAGAUGAAGAAAUAAACACAAACAAGUGAUCAAAAUCGUAUCAACAGCAACUGAUGAGAUCAAAAGAUACUCGAAAUUACCUUGAUGAAUGAAAAUAGAUGUAUAAGUAUUGCAUGUCUUAGUAAUAACUGAUAUAUCGAAAUAGAAUUUUAUUGGCUGCA